AUGCUUCGUGCGACUUUGUUGCUUAGUGCUCGGGGCGUUAUUAAGCGACGCACCCCUCAAUUGUGGGGAGCCCCUGGUGCGCCAAUUAUUCGCAUGCGUGGCCAUCACGUCGUGUGGAAGUUUCAGUCGUACGAUCUUAUUGUAGAACACACUCACAAGCGGCGCAACUCCGACAUCCGCCUGCUGCACUACCUCGGCAAACACUGUCCACACCCGCAAAAAUCGCUGUGGUCGCCUGACACCCCGGUUGCACAGGACAGGCACUUGUUUAUGCUGACCACCGUUGACGUGGAUGCGUUCAAGUACUGGUUUGGUGUGAAGCGGUGCCGGUUGUCGAUGCGGCCGUGGGCUCUUCUUGCAAAGGCCGGCCUGUUGCCACCGUCGCUGCGGCAAAACUCCAGGAUCAUGCCCAAGCCACUCUUUGACAAGGAGCAGCUUAUGCGGUACUAUCUCGCCAACCGGAAAGACGAGGCCGCCGUCGCACGGGAGGAAUAUUUGAACUACAAGAAUAGUCUAGUAAAGUCAGAGGAGGAACGAGCUGCAGAGAGGCCAGUGGCACCGUAUCUUUAA